AUGAGCCCAAAGAACGACUCCGGUUUCAAGGUCGAGCCUUUCGACGGCUCGAACUAUGGGUUGUGGAGUUACAAGAUGAAGAUGUACCUGAUGUCGAAUGGGCUGUGGGGCGCGAUCGCGGGCGAUGAGACAACAAGUGAGGCCAAGGAACAGCAAGCCCACGCCGCGAUCGUGCUGAAUCUGAGCGAUUCACAGUUGAUGCAUGUCAUCGACUCGGCCACCGCAAGAGAAGCGUGGGGACGUCUGGCGCGAUUUCAUCACAGUCAUGACAUGGCGAAUCGACUUUGGCUGAAGGAAAAGUUCGCGUCGUUCAAGUAUGCAGCAUCAAGCAUGAGCGGUCAUGUGAUGGAGCUGGAGGACCUCGUGAUGAAGAUGAAGCGCGCGAACUGCGGUCCAAGUGAAGAGGACGUGUGCGCAGUACUGUUGCGGAGUCUACCUUCAAGCUUCGAGAGCUUGGUACAGGCAUUCCGCAUGUCCGUCGCAAGCUUCAGUUUCAGUGACCUCGUGAGCAAGUUGAUCGCCGAAGAAGUGCGCCAGAAUGAGGGAGCACGAGUAGAAGAUGCAACGGCGCUCUACGCAGGCAAGAGGAAGGGUAAGCAGUACCCGAAGAAGCAACAAGGACGGCGCGCGAAAGGACCAUCAGGGACCUGCUACAACUGUGGCAAGGUCGGACACUACGCCAGAGAUUGUCGCUCCGGUCGAGGGCCAAGGGAGCAACAGCAUGACCAGUCGAAUGUCGCGUUUCAUGCCAGCGAAGGUUUCGCGAGCAACAGCUGGGUCAUGGACAGUGGCGCGUCAGCACACAUGUGCAAGGAUCGAGAUGCGUUCGAAGAGUACGAAGAAGUGCAUCAUGCGCGAAGCAUUUCAAGCGCAAAGAGCGACGUGAAGCUGAAUGUCAUUGGACAUGGGACAGUGAAGCUGCGCGUCUGGACAGGACAUGCGUGGAUCGACGCUCGCCUUGAGAACACACUUCACGUUCAAGAUUUGUCCAAGAACCUGUUUUCGCUCACGGCUGCGGCAGCGCGCGGCAUGACAGUGGAGAUAACGCGCAACGAGUGCGUGGUCAAGCGUGGCGGCACACCCGUCGCAACAGGAAGGAAGCAGGGGUUCCUCCUGUAUCUCAAUGCUGACUAUGGUACGGAGUGCCACAUGGCCGAAGACGACACAGAGCUAUGGCAUAGAAGACUGGGUCACGUGUCGUAUGGUACGCUGAAUGCCAUGGUCAAGGACGGAAGGAUCAAGGGCGCAACGAUGAAGACGAACGUUGCGUGUGACGUAUGCGCAACGUCAAAGCAAGUGCGCAAGUCAUUCAAGACAAGUGAAGAAGACGCUGAAACCAGGGAGAGUUCGCGUUCCGACGUGGUGGUGUGCUCCGACGUUCUCGGUCCUAUCACGCCAGCGUCCAAGUCUGGUUUCAGUUACGCCGUAACCUUCAUCAUGAUGAAGAGCAGAUAUGUAACGGUCUAUCCGUUGCGAAAGAAGAGCGACGUUGCGAGUGCGUUCAAGCGGUUUUACCAAGAUGUCAAGACAGCAUCUGGAACGAAGAUAAAGGUGUUGCGAAGUGACAACGGCGGCGAAUACCGGAACGCAACGAUGGAAAGCUUUUGCAAGGCAAAGUUCAUCAAGCAAGAGUUCACGGUUCCGUACAACCCAGAGCAGAACGGGAUGGCGGAGCGGAUGAACCGCACGCUGGUGGAGAUGACGCGCUGUAUGCUAAAGGAAAGCGGUCUCGACAAGUCCUAUUGGUGCGAGGCACUAAUGACAGCGGCAGACAUCAGAAACAUUCUGCCGAACGCGUCGAACAAGAACUCAAGCCCACACGAAAUGGUGUUCAAGAAGGUUCCGCGCAUCGAUCACAUGCGCAUGUUUGGUGCGCAAUGCUAUGCGCAUGUGGCGAAGGAGAAGAGAAAGAAGCUGGACGACUCAGGCGUGCGAUGUUUCUUUCUCGGCUAUGAGAAGGACCAAAAGGCGUAUCGGCUUCUCAACGCGGACGAUGGCUCGAUCGUGAUUUCAAGAAGCGUCACGUUCGCUGAGCAUUCUGUCACGAAAGCAUCGAAAAGCAGAGACACGCAGGUCUUCGAUGUCAUUGAAGAAGAUGAAAGUGUGGAGGCGUCGCUAACCGAUGAUGAAGACAUACCAGCGCCGGUGACCGAAGAAGAGCUGCGCGCCCCACCACUUCGAGCGCAGAACAGCUCUCAUCACGGACCAAGUGUUCGACCAAGCGACACCAUUCCUACGCGUGCAUCCAGCACACCCGGAAGAAAUGGAGAAGAAGAGUGGAUGGUGCGACCGGUUCGAAAGAAGCGCGGCGUGGUUCGCUACGAACAAGAAUUUCCAAGCCAUCGUCGCGGUCGCUUCAAUUUGGACGACUACGAAGGUGACUUCGACUCUUUCUACUGUUUCUCGGCUGAAGAAGAUGGGGAACAAGCGUCCAGCUAUCGAGAAGUGAUGAAGAGCGGCUACAAGGAGCAGUGGCUCCAGGCAAUGAAGAAAGGCCGUUGGCUGCAAGUGGGUCUUCAGAUUAAACGCGAUCCAAGUGGCGAGAUCAUCAAGUUCAAGGCACGCUUGGUUGCGAAAGGGUUCACGCAGCGUCCUGGCAUCGACUAUAACGAGACCUUCGCACCAGUGGCGCGCAAGGAAUCUAUCAACACAGUGUUGGCGAUCGCUGCAGCCGAAGACCUGGAAGCAGAAAACGUUGAUGUCGACACAGCGUUUCUCUACGGCGAAGUGGAGGAGGAGAUCUACAUGGACCAACCUGACGGUUUUGAAGAUGAAGGAAGCCCGAAUAAGAAGUGUUUGCUGCAGAAGGCGCUAUACGGGACGAAGCAAGCGGCGCGGCAGUGGAACAACAAGUUGAGUCAGCACUUGGUUGAUCAAGGAUUCAAGAGCAGUACAGCGGACCCGUGUGUGUUCGUUCGAGUGACAAGAGAGGAGUACAGCAUCAUCGUGAUCUACGUGGACGACUUGAUGAUUUUCUGCAAGACGAAGGAGCACAUCGCAAGUAUCAAGAACUCAUUGAUGGAAGAUUUCAGCAUUAAAGAUCUUGGAGAUCUCAAGUACUGCCUCGGGAUCGAGAUUCAUCGCAAGCGCGAAGAUGGAACGAUCAAGAUGAACCAGAAGGCGUACAUCAAGCGACUUUCGGAGAAGUUCGGCGUUGAGAACUGCAAGGACAUGCACACGCCGGCGGACAGUAAUUCGAAGCUGAUCAAGAUGGGUCAAGAGGAAGCGUUUGUACCAAAGUACCCAUACCGUGAGCUGGUGGGCGCUUUAAUGUACAUCGCCACAUGUACACGACCGGACAUCGCGCAUGCAGUUGGCGAAGUUGCGAAGUUUUGCGAGCGCUACGACAAGUCGCAUUGGACAGCAGCAAAGCGGAUUCUCAAGUAUCUCAAGACGACUCAAGACUUAAGCAUCGUGUUCAGCGGCAUCAACAAGGGGAGAGCUUAUUGGAUUUGCAGAUGCAAACUGGGCUGGCGACCUCGACACGCGGCGUUCGACAACAGGAUACGUUUUCUUCCUGAACGGAAGCGUGAUAUCGUGGAAUUCGAAGCGUCAACCAACGGUCGCGACCUCAACGCGACGCAGGAAGCAAUUUGGCUUCGAGGUCUGCUCAAGGACCUGAACUACUGUGCCAAGAACGCGACGACGAUUUUUCAAGACAAUCAAGGUUGCAUCGCGCUGGCCAAGAAUCCUGUGUACCACUCGCGCACGAAGCACAUCGACAUCAAGUUUCACUUUUUGCGUGAAAAGGUUGCAAGUGCAGUUAUCGCGCUAGAGUUCAAGCCGACAGAAGAAAUGGUCGCGGAUGGAUUCACCAAAGCACUUCCAAGAGACAAGCACAGCAAGUUCAUCACGGGUCUGUGCAUGGCGGUGUAG